GGUGGGCAUGCAGUCUCUACAAACUAGAGGAGAUCCAGCAUUGUGCUUUGAAGCCCGACUGUCGAAAACUUGGCAAGACAGUUGCGCACAUCGCCUGGGUGAAGCGAUGGGAAGCUGCCAGCGUAUUGCUUGGCGACGCCUGGGCAGGAAAUGCACAGAUCGAUGUGGUGACACUGGGCGCUGCAGCGUCUGCAUGCAGGGUAGCCGCUGGCUGGCGCCAGGGCUCCGAACUGCUGGCGUCGGGCCGUGGUCGUACUAUCCGCAGCGGUGCCGUGCUUCGGGGCACCUCGCUCGGGGUGGUCCGUGCAGGAGGUGCAUGGGCAGCCGCGCUCGCCUUGCUGACCGAGUCGCAGGACCACGCAUGCCGUGUCAGUGCCGUUCACGUGAGCACCGCGGCAGCUGCGGCAUCAGAGGGAAGAAUCUGGGGUGUGGCCGCAGCAAUUCUGCAGGCAGAGAGCGGCGUGGUGCUGGACCCGCCUGCAAUCAGCUCACUAGUGGCUUCGCUGAGCAAGGGUAGCCAGUGGCAAGGAUCGUUAGAUGUGUUCGUGCGGCACAUGGCGUUCCUGACGGUCCGCUUGGCAAAUGCUGCGCUCACUGCCAUGGAAGUGGGAGAGCUGUGGCCGUCGGCCAUGGCACUUCUGGAAGAUUUGCAGCGAGCACGUCUUCGACAGGACAUCAGAGGUGUGAACAGCGCGGCAAGUGCGGCUGCGCAAGGCGUGGGCUGGCGAACUUCGGCAAAUGUGGAAGAUGAUCACUUGAUGG